AGUAAACAUGACUUCAAUGGAGAAACGAUUGCACAAAGAACUUCAACUUCUGCAAAAAGAGCCACCUCAUGGGGUAAAAAUUGAUGUGGAGAGUAUUCACAGGAAUUUAACAGAAUGGAUCGUAGAUCUUGAAGGUGCACAGGAAUCUCUGUACAGAGGGGAGAAGUUUCAGCUGUUAUUUAAAUUUGGUGACAGAUACCCAUUUGAUUCACCUCAGGUUAUGUUUAUUGGCAACAACAUUCCAGUUCAUCCUCACGUGUACAGCAACGGUCACAUCUGCUUGUCCAUCCUCACAGAUGACUGGUCCCCGGCUCUCUCAGUCACGUCAGUCUGUCUCAGCAUUGUAAGCAUGCUCUCCAGCUGCACAGAAAAGAAAAGACCACCAGACAAUGCGCUUUAUGUGAAAACCUGCAGCAAAAAUCCCAAGAAGACGAGAUGGUUCUAUCAUGACGAUGAAGUUUGACAAGUCCAGCUUGCUAGAUCUGGUGUGAUUGAAGAAGUUGUCUCCCAUUGGGACUCAGAUAGCUGGUCAAAGGCUUUGAACAACAAUAACAAUAACAUUGGCGGUAGCUUAUCACUUCAUGUAGUAUCUCAUUCAGUGUGUUACGAACGUUGAGUUGACCUUUUUGGACCACAAAUUUAUAAACUCAUUUUAUUUUGCAGCUUUAAAUUUGUGUUGUAUAUUGUGGUUCAAGAAAUCCUUUGAUAUUAAUUAUUGUUAUUUACCAAUAUGCAAAAUUUGUUUUCCGAAAAUUGACAUAAUUUUGGAGGAACAAUGUAUAUUGUUCAAUGAAUGACUCACAAAUCUGAAAGCUAUCUGUUCUAAUUGCAAUGCAAAUUAUGCUAAUGCUCUCUCUGUUUGACUCCUUUCUAUGUUAUAUUUAUUAUAAGGCCUUUCAUGGACCUUUGUGAUUGUUUUUAGCUCACCUGAGCACAAUGUGCUCAUGGUUAGCUUUUGUGAUCCCCUUUUGUCUGUCGUGCCUUGUGCGGCGUCAACAUUUGCCGUCCUAACAGUCUAGAGGCAACAUUUAUUGUGGUUCCAGUUGGUUGAAAAACAUGGCCGCCAUGGGGCGAGGCAUUUUUCCUUAUAUGGCUAUUGUAAAACUUUGUUAACUCUCUAAAAGUCACAUUUAUAGUUCAAUCUUCAUGAAACUUGGUCAGAACAUUUUUCUACCGAUAUCUUCAACGAGUUAAAAAAUGGUUCUGGUCUGUUAAAAAACAUUGCUGCUAGGGGGCGGGGCAUUUUUUUCUUAUAUGGCCAAAGUAAAACCUUGUUGACACUCGAGAGUCCACAUUUAUUGUCCGAACUUAAUGAAACUUGGUUUGAUUAUUUUGUCCCAAUUAUAUCUUGGAUGAGUUAGAAAAUUGUUACAGUUGGUUGAAAAACAUGGCCGCCAAGGGGCGGGGCAUUUUUCCUUAUAUGGCUCUAAAGGGCUUUAGUAAAACCUUGCUAACACUCUAGAGGCCACAUUUAAUUUCCCAUCUUCAUGAAACUUAGUAAGGAGAUAUGUCCCAAUGGUAUAUUGGACGAGUUUGAAAAUGGUUCAGGUUGGUUGGAAAACAUUGCCACCAGGGGCAGGGCAUUUAUCCUUUAAUUAAGGCUAUUGUAAAACCUUGUAAGCAAUCUUAAAGUUACAUUUAUUGUUCACUCUUCAUGAAAGUUUGUCAGAAUAUUUGCUCUAAUUACAUCUUGGGCUGCAAAGAACAGGUCAGUUCCUUUAUAUCUCAAGUGAGCGACUUUGGGCCUUUUAGACCCUCUUGUUUCAGUUUUUAAAAGGACAGAUAUGAAAAAGUCCUACAAAAAAACAAAACAUUUGUUCGAACAAGGUAAAUAAUGCUUGUUACUAAAAACAAUAUAAAUAUUGUUUUGUUUAUGGAUUACCACCAGUCUGAAGAAAUAAAUCAAUCAUUCAAUCAAUACAAAAAUAAAGGGUUGGUAAAACAUUUACUUCAUAAUUUGGAAAAUUACACAACUUCAAAGAUUUAAACAAUAAAAUCCCCUCAACUAGGUAAAAAAACCAAUAUCUCAACAAUAUGUAAUAAAAACAGCAGAAACAAUGGAAAAUAUGACAUAUUUUUUCAUAACAAACUUCAUAUGUUCAACUGAUAAUUUCUUAAUUUAUCGAUACCGGUAUGUCCAUAUUGUUUAUAUGUUCUGUCUCUUAUUGUUUUCCUUGAAUUUUUGUUUUUAUCAUGGUAACUUGGCAGCAAUCAUGUCAAGAAUAUGUCUGUGAUGAAUGUGUUAAGUUUCUCAUGUUUGUAUGUUCAAGUUUUUAUUCAAAUAUGAGUCGCGAUCUGUGAAAACUGGGCAUAAUGCAUGUGCGUAAAGUGUCGUCCCAGAUUAACAUGUGCAGUCCGCACAGGCUAGUCAGGGACGACACUUUCCGCUUUAAUAGUAUUUUUUGUUUAAAGGAAGUCUCUUCUACACAAAAAUUCAAUUAAGGCAGAAGUGUCGUCCCUGAUUAGCCUGUGCAGACUGCACUGGCUAAUCUGGGUCGACACUUCACGCAUAUGCUUUAUGCCCAGUUUUCUCAGAACGCGACUCAUAUAUAGCAGUUAAUGAAUAGUAGGAAAGUUUAUAGGACAGAAAUCGCAACAAUAAAAUGUAUACAAAAAUAUUUAAUUACAAAAUAACACUACAAGCGUUAUGACCUAUAUGUUGAGGUAAACUUGUACAUUGCACUUUUUGUCUGCACAGUUUUUUAAUUUAUUAAAAUUUAUUAAAAUGGACUAUUAAAGCUUUAGUAUAAAUUGCUUGCAGAAUGGUUUCCAGGUACUUCAAUAGGCCAAUGAAGUCAAAUGCUAAUAUUGUAAAAUAAAAUAUUUCAAAUUUGAAAAGUAUAAUUGAUUCGGAAAUAUAUACAUUUGAGUCAGUCUCUGGUAAAACAGGGUUAUUUGAACAUAAUUGUAAAGUAUCCUCCCAGCUAUUCUUGUCCACUUACCGCCUAGACUGGUUAUUUGUAUAGAAGGACAUCCUUUAAACAAAAAUUCCAUAAAAGUGGAAAGUGUGGUCCCUGAUUAGCCUUACUGACUGCUGAGGCCAAUUUGGGACCAUAUUUUAUGCACAUGCAUUACAUUGGAUUCCCCAGAGUGUAGCUAAUGUAUAUGUGUCUUGUUCUGAGAAAACUGGGCAUAAUGCAUGUGUGUAAAGUGUCAUCCCAGAUUAGCCUGUGCAGUCCGCUAGAUUUUCGGUAAAAAUGGACGAAAAAUAAUGAAAAAUACCAUUAAAGCGGAAAGUGUCGUCCCUGAUUAGCCUGUGUGAAUUGCACAGGCUAAUCUGGGACGACACUUUCCGCACAUGCAUUAUGCCCAGUUUUCACACAACAAGGCACAUAUUAUGGCGUUUUUGAGUCAUCUUAUGGCACUUCAUACCGUUUACCUUAAACUUAUUUUUCUUACAAGAUAAUUUUAAUAAGAUUAUUUCAAUCUAUAUUUAAUUUUUAUGUAUGAUUCUUUAAAUAAGAUGAUUUUGGAGGAGAAAUUACCCUACAAUUAGUCAUCAUCAUUUAAUUACUAAAUUUUAACAAGGGAGGAUUCUAGGCGAUACUUUGUGUUUGGUAAGUAAAGCAUUCAAAUUAGAUCAAAUCUGCGUGAUACAUGUUUUGAUAGAAGUAGAAUUUUAUAAAUGAUAUUUAAAUACAAAACUGUGUUAAGCAUGCUAGUCUUUUAUUGUUGGAAUAUUUGAAUAGUUAUUUGAUUAAAAUAAUGAUGUAUUUGUCAGUUCAGAGAUAUUUCCACAGUGUUUGAUAUGUGCUUGUCUUUGUUUGGAUUUCCUGUAUUUAGCGAAAGUAUUGGUAAACUAGAUCACAGCGAAAACAUGCGUUUUUAGACUAUAAACCAUUUUUGUCUUUAUAUUUGUCUUUCAUUCUGAAUAAUUCAGACACUUUUAUAAGUAUGAUCUUGUACUGAGGGUUUAUGAACCCUUUGCAUGCUGGGAAAUUUGUUGUCUGCUAAAAUGUCGUCUGCUGAAUUUCUAAAAUUAGCAUUUUCUUCGAUUUUUUUUUCAAAGACUAUCAGAAUAGCAAACAGUUUGGAUCCUGAUCAGACGCCACGUUCUGUGGCGUCUCAUCUUGAUCCAGACUGUUUGCAAAAGCCUUAAAAAUUCGGUUCCAGCGCUGAAAGGGUUAAGCGGUUAUUGUGAUUGAAGGGUUUUCAGUAGGUUUUCAGCAUUUAUUGUUAUAUUUAAGUUCGUUUUAAAUUUCCGCUUGCAUUUAUGUGCUACAUUUUUUUAUGAAUAUUUUCUGUUUUAGAAAGACACAAUGUUUCAAAAUAAAAAUUGUUAUGGAUUGAUUGCACUAAAAAUAUUUGUAAUUAAAUCUUUCCCAGGUUGCCUGUUUGACAAUGUGCAUGUUUAUUAGAAGUGUUGUUAAAAUGAUAGUUAUGAACAUUGUGGACACAAUAAACACUUGAAAUACGCUAAA